UCUCGUUUCAGCUCAUGUCAGGGGGUUGCCGCCAUAAGCGGCGACGCAUGCAUAGCGCCAAAUGUUCUUGCCUGUCUCGGACCUCUUUUCCUUAUUUCUUUCAUCCUCUUUCCUCUUUUUCUUUCAUUCCCUUUUUCUUGGUGAUGAUUGAUCUGCCUUUGACGGCCGAUUUCACAAUCAAUCACUCUGGUUGGCUCGCUGUUCUUCCUCGUUUGUCAUUUCGUUAGGGGCGAUUGGUUGGUACUUUGUUUAAAAUCAAUUGGAGUUCUAAUUUCUAUUGGGUCAUAGCUCAAAGCGUUGCUUCGGUGAUUGAGGGCAUUUUAAAGCUCAAGUCGAGGAAAAGAUUAACUGGGUUUUUAGUUUGGAAAAAAGUGCAAUGGACUGUGACUUUGCUAGCAUUGCAAUCUUCAAUGGACUGUGACUUAUUGUGAUUUUUGCCAUAGAAAGGAUUCAUUUCAAUUGGAAAGCAAAGAAGCACUUACUUGAACUGACAACGGAUACCUUACUUGAUCAAUAAGAUGGUUUUCGAGCCGUUGGAGUGGUAUUGCCGGCCGGUGGCAAAUGGGAUUUGGGCAAGGAGCACAGACAGCGCCUUUGGUGCGUUCACACCUUGUGCUGUGGAUUCCUUGGUCAUUUCCAUAUCUUAUUUGGUUCUUCUGGGCCUCUGCUGCUACCGAAUUUGGUUGAUCAAGAUGACCUCAAAAGUCCAGAGAUACCAUUUGAGGUCAAAAUGCUACCACUCUAUGUUGGGAUUGCUUUCUUUUAACUGCACUGCUGAGCCUGUGCUGAGGUUGGUGAUGGGCUUUUCGGUUUUCAGUCUGGAUGGUCAGACUAGCCUCCUUCCAUAUGAGAUGGUUUCAUUAACCAUAGAGUCUCUUGCUUGGUGCUCUAUACUAGUUAUGAUUGGCCUAGAAAUGCAAGUUUACAUCCGGGAGUUCAGGUGCUACCUGCUGCUUGGACUCAUUUAUGUUCUGGUGGGGGAAGCCGUAAUGCUUAAUCUUAUCUUCUUGAUGAGAGACCACUAUCAGCAUCAUAGGUCUGCACUUUAUCUGUAUAUCAGCAAGGUUUUUUGCCAGGUUCUAUUUGGGAUUCUUCUUUUAGUUUAUGUUCCAAAUCUGGUUCCUUAUCCGGGGUAUACGAUGAUCCACACCGAGCCUCUUGAUAGUGUCGAAUAUGAGGCUCUUCCGGGAGAGGAGCAAGUUUGUCCUGAAAGGCAUGUCAACAUAUUUUCCAGGAUAUGCUUCAGCUGGAUGACUCCACUUAUGCGGCAAGGCUACAACAGACCAAUCACCGAAAAGGAUGUUUGGAAGUUAGACUCAUGGGAUCAAACGGAGACACUUUUUAAAAGAUUCCAGAAAUGCUGGGCCAAAGAGUCUCAAAGGCCCAAACCAUGGCUUUUAAGAGCUUUGAACGGCAGCCUUGGGGGAAGGUUUUGGUUGGGAGGCUUCUUUAAGAUUGGGACCGAUCUUUCCCGGUUUGCAGGGCCCACAUUGCUGAACCACCUCCUUCAAUCAAUGCAAAGAGGGGACCCUGCAUGGAUUGGUUACGUCUACGCCUUUUCAAUUCUUGUCGGUGUGUCAUUCGGUGUGCUUUGUGAAGCCCAGUAUUUUCAGAAUGCAUUUCGGACAGGAUUUAGGCUGAGGUCAACUUUGGUGGCAGCCAUUUUCCACAAAUCCUUAAGACUCUCUCAUGAGGGUCGCAAGAAGUUCCAAUCUGGAAAGAUAACAAACAUGAUAACAACAGAUGCUAAUGCACUUGAGCAAAUAUGCCAACAACUUCACAACUUAUGGUCAGCUCCAUUUCGUAUUGUCAUUGCCAUGGUUCUUCUGUACCAGCAAUUAGGCAUUGCUUCUCUGCUUGGAUGUCUCAUGCUUGUCCUCAUGAUCCCAUUGCAAACAGUCAUAAUCAGCAAAAUGCGAAAACUCACCAAGGAAGGGCUGCAGUGGACUGACAAGAGAGUCAGCCUCAUGAACGAAAUUUUGGCUGCAAUGGACACUGCGAAAUGUUGUGUUUGGGAAAAGAUCUUUCAAUUUAGAGUUCAAGAAGUACGAAAUGAUGAGCUUUCAUGGUUCCGUAGAGCACAACUUCUAUCUGCGUUUAACAGCUUCGUACUAAACAGCAUCCCCGUCAUCAUAACCGUUGUCUCAUUCGGGACAUUCACUUUACUUGGUGGGCAUUUGACGCCAGCGAAAGCGUUUACAUCACUUUCUCUUUUUGCGGUGCUACAAUCUCCUCUGAACAGGCUACCUAACUUGAUGUCUCAGUUUGUUACUGCAAAUCUUUCCCUGCAACGUUUGGAGGAACUACUUUUAACAGAAGAGAGAGUUGUAGUUCCAAAUCCACCGAUUGAGCCAGGACAGCCAGCUAUAUCAAUCAAGGAUGGGCACUUUUCAUGGGACUCAAAGGUAGAAAAACCCACAUUGUCAAACAUCAAUCUGGACAUACCAGUUGGUAGCUUAGUUGCUAUUGUUGGUGGUACUGGAGAGGGAAAGACAUCUCUCAUAUCCGCGAUGCUUGGGGAACUCCCUCCUAUCUCCGAUGCAUGCAUUACUAUACGGGGAACCGUUGCUUAUGUUCCUCAAGUGUCCUGGAUUUUCAAUGCCACUGUGCGUGACAACAUAUUAUUUGCGUCUGAAUUUGAACCAGAAAGAUAUUGGAAGGUGGUUAGAGUUACUGAACUGGAGCAUGAUCUUGAUUUGCUUCCAGGCCGCGAUCUUACAGAAAUUGGCGAAAGAGGGGUAAAUAUAAGUGGAGGGCAAAAGCAGAGGGUUUCUAUGGCCAGGGCUGUUUACUCAAAUUCAGAUGUUUACAUAUUUGAUGACCCUUUUAGUGCUCUGGAUGCUCAUGUUGGUCGACAGGUGUUUAAUAGCUGUAUCAAGGAAAAUCUACGAGGGAAGACGCGAGUUCUUGUCACAAACCAGCUACAUUUUCUUCCUCAAGUGGAUCAAAUCAUUUUGGUUCAUAAAGGAAUGGUCAAAGAGGAAGGGACUUUUGAGGAGCUCUCUAGAAAUGGGGUACUGUUCCAGAAACUUAUGGAGAAUGCAGGAAAAGUGAAGUUACAAACAGAAGAGGAGGAGAAAACAUCCAAAGCAGGAGCUAACAUUGUUAACGAAAUGCCAAAAGAUCAAGGCAAUGAGAAGAAAGGUACAGGAGGGAAGUCGAUACUUAUUAAGCAAGAGGAACGGGAAACGGGUAUCAUGAGUUGGAAAGUCCUGAUGAGGUACAAAGGGGCAUUGGGAGGCCUGUGGGUGGUGGCAGUGUUAUUUAUAUGCUAUAUUUUAACUGAAGUUCUUCGAAUUUCAAGUAGCAUGUGGUUGAGUUUCUGGACAGAUCAAAGCACUGCAGGGAACUACAGACCAGGAUUCUACAUAUUGAUCUAUGCACUCCUGUCCUUUAGUCAGGUGACUGUGACACUGACUAAUGCUUAUUGGUUGAUUAUUUCGAGUCUUCAUGCGGCAAAAAGAUUGCACGAUUCUAUGCUCCAGUCUAUAUUAAGGGCACCGAUGCUUUUCUUUCACACCAACCCUAUGGGAAGAAUAAUCAACAGGUUUGCCAAGGAUCUAGGUGACAUAGAUUGUAAUGUUGCCCCACUUGUGAAUAGGUUUAUUGGCCAAGUCUGGCAGCUACUUUCAACCUUUGUGCUGAUUGGAAUUGUGAGCACAAUCUCUCUUUGGGCCAUAAUGCCGCUCUUGAUCUUGUUUUAUGCAGCCUAUCUAUAUUACCAGACUACAUCUCGUGAAGUGAAACGCUUGGAUUCAAUCACUAGAUCUCCAAUUUAUGCACAAUUCGGAGAAGCAUUGAAUGGCAUGUCAACAAUAUGUGCAUACAAAGCACAUGAUAGAUUGAGCACCUUUAAUGCCAAGGCCAUGGACAAUAAUAUCAGAUUCACCCUUGUCAAUAUUAGUUCCAACCGUUGGCGCUCCAUUAGGUUGGAGACUCUAGGAGGCAUAAUGAUCUGGUUGACCGCAACGUUUGCAGUGAUGCAGACCAGAAAAGCAGAAAACAGAGCAGCGUCUGCUUCAGCUAUGGGCCUCCUCCUCAGCUACACUUUGAAUAUAACGAACCUUAUGAGUGGUGUUCUGAGACAAGCAAGCGGAGCUGAGAAUAGUCUAAAUGCCGUAGAGCGUGUGGGUGUAUACAUAGAGUUGCCUUCCGAGGCUCCAGCUAUAAUAGAGAACAAUCGGCCCCCUCCUGGUUGGCCUUCAUGGGGAUCAAUGAAAUUUGAUGAUGUGGUCCUUCGUUACAGACCUGAACUUCCUCCCAUCCUGCAUGGAUUGUCUUUUACGGUAGCGCCCUGUGAGAAGCUGGGAAUAGUCGGAAGAACUGGUGCUGGAAAAUCUAGCAUGAUAAAUGCAUUGUUCCGAAUUGUCGAGCUGCAAAAAGGAAGAAUCUUGAUUGAUGGAUGCGACACUUCUAAAAUAGGACUGGAAGAUUUGCGGAAAGUCCUUGGCAUCAUACCUCAAUCACCAGUUCUUUUCUCAGGAACUGUGAGAUUCAAUCUUGACCCCUUCAAUGAACAUAAUGACGCUGACCUCUGGGAGGCUCUGGAGAGAGCAUAUUUGAAGGAUGUUAUCCGGAGGAACUCUUAUGGUCUGGAUGCUGAGGUUUCUGAGGGCGGAGAGAACUUCAGCAUCGGACAGAAGCAACUGCUGUGUCUAGCUAGAGCAUUACUAAGAAGAUCAAAGAUUCUUGUUCUCGAUGAAGCAACUGCAGCUGUCGAUGUUGGAACUGAUGCUCUCAUCCAGAAAACCAUCCGUGAAGAAUUCGACUACUGCACCAUGCUCAUCAUCGCUCACAGGCUUAACACUAUUAUUGAUACCGACCGAAUUCUUGUGCUUGAUGCCGGCCAAGUAGCAGAACACGAUACUCCAGAGAAUCUGCUGUCAAAUGAAGCAAGCGCAUUCUCUAAGAUGGUUCAAAGCACGGGUUCUGCCCAUGCGCAGUAUCUACACGGCUUAGUCCUCCAAAAGAAAGAGAGUAGUUUACGGAUGGAAAUGAAGCGUCUAGAUAGUGAGAGACGACGAUCGGCCUCUUCCUACUGGGCUGCCGCUGCCAACGUUGCUCUAGCAGUCAGCCUUAAUUCCAACAAUGCCCUACAGAUUUUGAACAUCGAGGACGAUGACAACAGCAGUGACAACAUCCUUAAGAGAACAAAAGAUGCAGUUAUAACCCUUCAUGGCGUCUUGGAAGGGAAGCACAAUGAAGACAUAGAAAAUGCUUUGUACCAUUAUCAAGUUCCUGCUGAUAGCUGGUGGUCUGCUCUCUACAAGUUAGUUGAAGGUCUAGGUUUGAUGAGCAGACUGGCUGACAGUAGAUACGAACGACUAGAGCACAAGUUUGGGGACAACUCGGAUUGGGAUGCUGUGGAAAUGUGAUAAAACAAGUGGUGACGUCAACCCAAUUCUUCACUUUUAUUCAAAGGGUUUUGCACGUGAAGGUGAACACAGACAUGGACAAUAUUCUUGCCGGCCUAAGCCCAAAAUAAAUAAAAAUAACAAUAAUAAUAAAGAGAAGAAAAAAAUAAAAAAUAAAAAAGAUUAUAAGGAAAUUCCAAAAUUAUUAAAACAUUAUUAAAAAAAUGUUUAUAUCAACGCCGGCCGCACCAUAUAGGACAGUCGGCCUCCCUGUCAGCGAUUCCGGCAAAAAUUAGUUGGAUAGUUGAUAAAAAGUUAAAAAAUUUAGAAUUAAUUGGUCAAAUUAAAAUAUUUAACUUAAAUUGAUACCAAUGUAAUAGGUUUAGGACAUUUUUGGUAUUUUUCCCAAAAAAUAUGCCACACUUGUUAAUCUUCAUCUAUGUAAAAGCAUCAUAGCAGUGGAGAAUAAACUUGGCUUCAUGUAUGGUCCAGGAUUUGGAAGUUGUUUUCUACUAGCAUUUAUUCUAUUUUUCGAGCAAGUUUUAGCAUUGUAUUUUCUCAUUGUUAUUGUCGAUUAGCCCAACGUUGAUAGAGAAAAUGAUUCUACACUAAAUUAGGACUUCAAA